ACGCAGCGUGCGUGCCUGACAGCGGACGCGCGGCGCAGAGAGCAGCGGCGGCGGCGGCAGACAGACAGGCAGCGGAGUUGGUACGAACAUCUUCGACUUCUCAAACCAAACCAAAAACACCUCGACUGCUCUUCAGCUGCCCUGCUCAUAGAUAUGCCUCGGACCGAUCGCUGUUUUGGGGAUUAACGUUUGGAUUUAGCGUCCGAUCGCUCCGGAAAAGAUGACUAAAUGUGAAGUAAACAGCGCAGGAGAAAGUGUGCCUUGUUUGGAGCUGAACGGGUCGUGUGCCACAACAUAAAACUCGGAGCGCAUCAAGGCCAGCAGCAGCCUGUAGCACUAGUUAGCUAUCGGCUAACGCUAGCCUGCUAACGUUACAGGUGUUUAGGCAGCAAAUAACCAAACAUAACUUGUAGCUGUAGUUAGCUGGCAACAAGCUGAGCUCCCAUGCCGUGACUUAAUACUGAACUUAAUGUGCCUGUCAUAAGCUUUUUAGCAAAGGCCAAGUAGCAAGUAUAACACUUAGCAACAUUGUUAUUAGCCAUUAGCUUUUUAGUUAGCCGCUGUCCCGUGUUUACAGCAGCAGCGGGCUAGCCUCACUAGCCACCAAGCUAACGAGUUAACUUUAUAGCUACAUGUGCUUAUUUUAUUUUGUAGCUAAUUUGUCGCCGUUUAACCCGACUCGACCCCGGACUCGCAGUGUGGUUUGGUGAUACUCUUCAUAUUUGUAAGCGAGACAGUUUGACUUUUUCCACCGUGCCUGCCCUGGACUGACCCACCCACAAGGACUAUCUAUCCGGGGCCGAUGCUGACAGUUCAGCCCGGAUCACGGCAACGCCAGGAGCCGCUACAGCAAUGCAGCCCCAGCAGAUAUACGACUUUUCAAGUGACGAGAACAGUCACAAAUGGAGAGGCCUCUUCGUGCAAGCUUUACGAAAGGUACAGAAGCAGGUCCACCCAAACCUCUUGGCGAAGGAGGACGCCCUGCAGCACAUUGAGGAGCUGAUCCUGCAGCUGCUCAACAUGCUGUGUGUGGCCCAGCCUCGCUCCGUGCAGGAUGUAGAGGAACGGGUCCAGAAAACUUUCCCCCACCCUAUAGAUAAGUGGGCGAUUGCCGACGCCCAGUCAGCUAUCGAGAAACGCAAGAGGAGAAACCCCUUACUACUUCCUGUGGACAAGAUUCACCCACUGCUUAAGGAGGUUUUGGGCUAUAAAGUGGACUACCAUGUUUCCCUGUACAUCGUGGCUGUGCUUGAAUACAUAUCGGCAGACAUACUGAAACUGGCAGGCAACUAUGUUGGAAACAUUCGGCACUAUGAAAUCAGCCAGCAGGACAUCAAGGUGUCCAUGUGCGCAGACAAGGUGUUGAUGGACAUGUUUGACCAGGAGGAGGACAUCGGCUUGAUGUCUCAGUGCACUGAGGAGCCGUCGUCCUCUGGGGAGCUCACGUACGACGACCUGGUAAGGCUUGAAAUCGCAGAGGAGCGGCAGUACCUGCGAGAGCUCGACCUCAUCAUCAAAGUGUUCCGCCAUCACUUCCUGUCCAACCCCAAAAUCUUCACGCCUCAGGAUGUGGAGGUGAUCUUCAGUAACAUCCUGGACAUCCACGAGCUGACGGUGAAGCUGCUCGGACUGAUAGAGGAUGCCGUGGAGAUGACAGCUGAUGGCAGCCCUCAUCCUCUGGUGGGCAGCUGCUUUGAAGAUCUAGCAGAGGAGCAGGCGUUUGACCCCUACGAGACCCUGUCUCAGGACAUCCUCAGUAAGGAUUUCCACGAGCACUUCAACAACUUGAUGGCACGGUCAACCGCCGGCCUCUACUUCCAGGCAGUUGCAGAAGGCUUCAAAGAAGCAGUCCAGUAUGUCCUUCCACAGCUGAUGAUGGUCCCAGUAUACCACUGUAUGCACUACUUUGAGCUACUGCAGCAACUUCAGGAGCGCAGUGAAGACCAAGAUGACAGAGAAUGUCUGAAACAGGCGAUCACAGCGCUGCUUAACCUUCAGUGCAGUGUGGAGCGCAUCUAUGCCAAGCACCAGCCUCGCCGUAAACCUGGUGAGCCCAUGUACCGCCUGUACAGCAGGCAGGUUCGUAGCAAACAACUAGCCAUCAAACGCAUGAACGAGAUUCAGAAGAGCAUCGAUGGCUGGGAGGGAAAAGACAUCGGUCAGUGCUGCAGCGAGUUCAUCCUGGAGGGGCCACUUUUACGAGCUGGCGCCAAGCACGAGAGACACAACUUCCUGUUUGACGGCCUGAUGAUAAGUUGCAAGGCCAAUCAGAGUUCACGACUCCCAGGUUCAGGCAGCGGGGCGGAGUACCGUCUGAAGGAGAAGUUUGUGCUGAGGAAGAUCCGCAUCGUGGAUCGUGAGGACUCUGCAGAGCUGCGGCAUGCCUUUGAACUGAUAGGAAAAGAUGAAAACUGUGCCGUUUUCUGUGCACGGACAGCGGAGGAGAAGGCAGCGUGGAUGGCAGCGCUGGUGACUCUGCAGUACCGCUCCACUUUGGAUCGCAUGUUGGACACAGUGCUGCAGCACGAGGAACAGGCGCAUCCUCUAAGACUGCCCUCCCCGGAGGUUUACCGCUUUGCUGUGCAGGACUCUGAGGAGAAUAUUGUGUUUGAGGACAAAGUGCAGAGCAAAACAGGCAUCCCCCUCAUUAAGGCCGGCACAGUGGUCAAGCUCAUAGAGAGGCUCACCUACCAUAUGUAUGCUGAUCCUAACUUUGUGCGCACAUUUCUUACCACAUACCGAUCAUUCUGCAAACCACAAGAGCUUCUCACCCUGCUGAUAGACAGGAUUGAGAUCCCUGAGCCAGAACCGACUGAGGAGGACCGACAGGCUCUCUGGAAUGGCGACCAGCCAAUGGCGGCCGAGCUCCAGAGAUUCCGGAAGGAAUACGUGCAGCCAGUCCAACUCAGGGUUCUCAACGUUUUCCGUCAGUGGGUCGAACAUCAUUUCUACGACUUUGAGAAUGAUCCAGAGCUGAGAAGUCGAUUAGAGGAGUACAUCACCAGCAAAAUUCAGCUGCGAGGCAAAUCUAUGAGAAAGUGGGUUGAGUCCAUCAACAAGAUCAUCAAGAGGAAGCUGCAAACGCAGUCAAAUGGCGUUAGUCACAACAUCACCUUCGAGAGCCCGCCUCCUCCCAUCGAGUGGCACAUCUGCAGAGCAGGCCAAGUGGACUUAUUUGACCUCAUGACCCUUCAUCCUAUAGAGAUUGCCCGCCAGCUGACUCUGCUCGAAUCAGAGCUCUACAGAGCUGUCCGGCCGUCCGAGCUGGUCGGCAGUGUCUGGACCAAAGAGGACAAAGAGAAGAACUCGCCGAACUUGCUCCGCAUGAUCCGCCACACCACCAACCUCACACUGUGGUUUGAGAAGUGUAUUGUAGAGACAAUGAACUUGGAAGAGAGGGUGGCAGUGUUAACACGGGUCAUAGAGAUUCUGCAGGUUUUCCAGGAGCUUAACAACUUUAACGGUGUGCUGGAGGUCAUCAGUGCCAUCAACUCUGUCCCAGUCUACAGGCUGGACCACACCUUUGAGGCAACACCAGAAAGGAAAAAGAAAAUCCUGGAAGAAGCUGUGGAACUGAGCCAGGACCAUUUUAAGAAAUACUUGGCUAAACUCAAGUCAAUAAACCCACCCUGUGUGCCUUUCUUUGGUAUCUAUUUAACCAACAUCCUGAAGACAGAGGAAGGUAACCCAGACUUCCUCAAACGCCACGGCAAGGAGCUGAUCAACUUCAGCAAAAGGAGGAAAGUGGCUGAAAUCACAGGCGAGAUCCAGCAGUAUCAGAACCAGCCCUACUGUCUGAAGGUGGAGCACGAAAUCAGGAGGUUCUUCGAGAACCUGAACCCGAUGGGCAACAAGAGUGAGAAUGAGUUUUCUGACUACCUGUUCAAAAUGUCUCUGGAUAUUGAGCCACGGAACUGCAGGCAGGCUCCACGAUUUGCCAGGAAGACCGGCUACACUCUGAAAUCCCCGGGGAUCCGGCCUGUGCGAACGUCUACCUCUGGCACCCUGAAGGGCCACCCCGUCCCCCUGGAGAGGGAGCCCCCACAUAAGAUCACCUUCCGGAGUAUCACAGAGACCGAGCCGGAGACGCCGGCGUCGGCCUCAGUGCCCACCUCUCCGAACACGCCGACCCCUCCACAGUCAGCCUCCUCCGACCUCAGCUCAGUCUUCAUGGAGCACGACCUCAGCAGCUCCUAUGGCGGUUGCAACUCCAUAUUUGCUACUGUUCUUCUGCCGCCUUCAAAGUUCCAGUCUGCGUCUUGCGGCAGCCUCCACCAGCUCGGGGAGGAGCUGCUGAAGCCGCCUCCUCUGCCGCCACGAAGGAAAGAUGCAAUGUCUGAAGCCAAAAGCUCCAGGUCCAACAGCCCCCCGGCCAUCCCUCCCCGGCUGCCCCCUCCUCUGCCCAGGAACCAGCCUCGACCGCUGAUCUACAACGGUCCUCCCAGCGACGGCCCCCUGCCCAGCCCUCCUCCUCCCCCACCCCGCGACCCUCUGCCCGACACGCCUCCCCCAGUGCCCCAGCGGCCCCCGGAGAUCUUCAUCAACUACCCCCUCAACCUGCAGCCUUCCCCUGUGGGCCGAUACCACUGGGACUUCAGCAGCUCCCCCAGCUCCCCCAACACCCCACCCAGCACGCCGUCACCUCGCGUCCCCAGGCGGAGCUGCCCGCUCAGCGCCAGCCAGAACAGCCUCUGCCCUCUUCCUGUUCCCAUCACUGCUCCACCUGUCCCCCCACGCCACAACUCCAGCCCACAACUCCCCAAACUCCCACCAAAGACAUACAAAAGGGAGCUGCUGCAGCCGCCGCUACAAGGCCUCUCUUUUGUGGAGAACACCGACAGCAGCCAGUGAGUCUGCGUUAUUUUUUUUUUUUAAACACCUAGAGGUGAUCUUGAAAUGCAAACUUCAAACUGUCUCCUGUAAACUAAGACACAGUGGACUCAAAGCUACUGAUCAGAAAGAAUUACACUGCUCCACACGCUCUUAACUUCACCCACCCGCCCUCUGCAUCGACCAAUCACCCCCCCGCUGUGCCUCUCAGGGGAUCAGUAGCUCUGCCUUCAUCAUAAACCCUCUGUGCCAAUGAGAAACCCACACCGGUGUGCCAGCUAAUAAACAACAAGGAGUUGAGUGUUUGUGUCUGUUUGUCCCGUAUGGAGCGGGAUCGUCUGCUCCUGAUUAAAGUUCUCACCCCUCACACUCUUAACUUAACACUUACCCCACGUCCCACUCUUCUAUCAGGGUGGGGUGAAUGUGGGGGGCCUUGGACUUUGUAGCCUCAACUGUCAUGCUUUGUUUCUUUGGGCAUUGACAUCAUCUUGAGUCCUGCUGCAGCUCACAGAUUUUUACGACCUCUCUCCUCCUCAACGAUCCACUUAGACGUAGCUUCACAGUGGGUGUGAGCAGCAGACAUUUCCAUUGACUUGUUUUUCCUACAAACUGAUAAACAAACAGUUGCCAAAGUCUUAUUUUAUGCAGGGGGAUAAGGGAUUUUCUUUUUUUAAACAAAUGUGACAUUAAAAGAAAUGCAUAAAGGAGGCGACACUGAAUCCCCCACCUUCUAUCUCAACUGUACACUGUGACUGUAUAGACGUGAGUCAAACUGCCUGUUUUUUUGUCUGAAGACAGGCCUCUCCGCAGCCACAAAUCGUUGCCUUUAAAAAUCCAACAGCGGUGACCUCUGACCCCAGGCUGCACUCCUCUCGGCCCGGAUGGGACAACGAGAGCUGAGAACACUCCAUUUGCACAUCGAGUUUGAGCAAAGUCAGCAGGUUUCGACUAGAUUAUUAAAAAUAUCCCUCUGCGGUGUGCGACAGAGGGAGGACUGCCACGAUAUCAAACAGCACCGAUCCAGGACAAAAAGGAGGAGAGAAAAGAGAAACACAGUUUUUUCUCUCUCCAUCUCUUCGAAAGCUGAUGUCUUAACCGAUCCCCUUAUAGACGUGCGCUGCUGUCUUGACACUGUGCUCUUCUCCAAAAGCCUUCAUGACCAACUCUUCUUCAUUGGUAUUAAAACUCAGCACUAGAAGCGCGCAACCUCCCACCAGAGCUAGGUCAGCUCCCCCAGUAGCUGCUCAAAAAACCUAGAAACCCAUGAAAAAGAGGAACUUUUUAACCCAACUUCUUCUUUAUCUAUCUCUCUCUUUUUUUCUGCUUGAAAACAUUUGUUUCACUUUGGAAAGACUGAAAUAAUCCAUUCAUCAUGCUCAGAUGUGCCUUUUAUUUUGUUUUCUACUUUACAGAAAUAAGCAAAUGGUGUCUAAAAUGCUAAAAAAUAAAGUUGCCUAUGUAAUGUUUAGAACAAAGCUAUACACUAUGAAAUUGUACAUGUUUGUGGAUACUGUGUAUAUAUAACAUGUAUACACUAACUAAAUAAUUUGUAUAAAGUGACAAGUUUUUUUCCCCUGUUGUAUUGUACCCUCAUCCGCAUCUGUUCAGUUGAAUAUUGCCUAAUAAUCCAAUGCUGCUACAGUCGGAUAAAAAAAACAAAAAAAAAAACAAGAAAAAAACAGGUCACUCUCACUAACUUACUUACAGACAAUCUCCAGUUGAAACACUGGGAGUAUUAACUGAGGAAAGCCAUUUCCAUUUUUUUCUUCCCUGCCCCUUAGCUGUUUUAAAGCAAUGAAAAAAAUAUACAGUUCAUUAUGCCAAGCACUUACUUAAAUGUGUGCUUCACUUUGUACAUCCUACUAAUUGCCUUUUUCUCCUUUUCAAAGAUUUUUUAAUGCUAACACUCAUUAAACAGAAGUUGGAAUUGUAUUAAAGUUGCAGUUGAAUAUAUACAGAUCUAUAUUCAGUUGCAAGUAUUUGAGCAUAGUGAAGAAUUGGACAUUUUUUGUGAGAAACACACUUUGUGCACUUUAGGCUGUACUGUUGAAGAGCCACAGUUGUUAUAGGUCAUGUUUGUAAAUGCAUUGGUCCUAUGCAACUGUUAAACUCACUUUCUACAUGGAUCAGGGCAGAAAAACACGAGUCUACCACCUCACGUUUACCCCCAUGGAGACACAAACACCUGGGGGUGUCUGACCACCAAGAGCUGGACUUCAGCAAAAUUUAAAAAAAACAAAAAAACAACCUCUUGCCCUUUUUUCUCUCCUCACUUUGCCCUGAAAUUUCACCAAGACCUCCUCCUCCUCCUCCUCUCUGCCUUUUGUGCAGAUGAUGAUGGGUGAUUAAACUUCUGAUUAAACUAGAGAUGAAAGGGGAGUUUGAGGAUUUUUAUAGGCAGCUGAAGUAAAAUCACUUCACUGUCUUCGCUCAUGUUCUGUCCAUUUCCCAAGUUUCCCAAGUCAGUAUUGGUGGGGUUAAAUUUGCCAAUUUUCCCUUUUUGUUUUCUGUUUGUUUUUUAACCCCAGCCCCGACAGAAUAACAGAUUGGUUUUCCCUCGGUGGCACUGUAACAGCUUGAUCCAGCAGUCGGUUUAUUUGAUGGUAUGUGGCCUUUUAACUGCUUUGUAUUAAUGGUCUUGAUGAGAUUAAUAAAUCACCCAGUCUUAUUUUGUACUGAA